AUGAAUGACAACCUCAAUGUCGAAAGUAAAGACAACAGCGUUGUCAUAGUGGGCGGAGGGCCUGUUGGUAUGGUUCUCGCCCUUACACUGGCACAUCACGAUGUGCGUAGUGUUCUGUUCGAGAAGAAUACCACCACUACACAAUUUCCCAAAAUGGACUUGACGCUCGCACGAACGAUGGAGAUUCUGCGCUCGUUAGGUCUGGCUGAUGGACUACGUGCCCGAGGGGUGGCCCCUGCAUACCCCUUUACGGUACGCUUUUCUAGUGGCUUGGGGGUGGAACAUCCUCUCUCGGAGUGGAAACUUCCCAGUGUAGACCAAUUCCGUGAGCGCAUCUUGUACCAAAAUGAUGGGACGAUGUCUCUUGAGCCCUGGCUGCGGGUAUCAGGAGAUUUGAUGGAGGCGUUCCUAAAGGAACAGUGUGAAAAAAGCCCUCUGAUCACGGUCCGCUUUGGAUGGGGUGUGACACAGCUCAUCGAGGGUGCCACCGAAGUAGAAACUCGGGUCCGAAAUCCUCACAUAGGGGGCGAGAAAGUGAUGCGCAGCCAGUACGCAGUGGGAUGUGAUGGAGCAUCCAGUCUGGUACGCAAAAGCCUGGGAAUUAAUCUUGAAGGAGGCCCCUUGCAAAGCAGCGUGGUGUUAAUCCAUUUCAAGUCCCGGGACCUAACCCAUCUUUAUCGGCAAGGGCGAUUCUGGCAUACCUUCUUCCCCAGAGACCCUUCGAUCAGCGGAAACUCAGUGGGCGGCGCCAUUAUCGCUCAAAACGAAGUUGAUACGUGGACAGUUCAUGACUUCCGUGCUCCUGGAUCGAAACAAAGUACCAGUUCCGCUGAGGAAACGAUCUACCGCGUCCUAGGAGGAAUGGAAGAUUCAUACCUGAUUACCAUUGAUGAGAUCAUCCAGCAGUCAACCUGGACGCCCACCAUUGCGCUCGCCAAGUCCUACACCGGGCCCCUGCGCCGGGCCUUCCUGGCGGGUGACGCAUGCCAUCAGACCAUCCCGUCCGGCGGGUACGGCAUGAACAUGGGUAUCGCAGAUGCUUUUGACCUGGGCUGGAAACUAGCCGGAACAAUCCAGGGCUGGGGAGGACCACAGCUGCUAGCAUCGUAUGAACAGGAACGACGUCCCGUUGCCGAGCUCAUGCAGCAUUGGGGCAAAUUACAUGCAGGCAAGCUGAUGGGGCUUGCGUCUGCAGUGACGCUGGACGCUACGAUCAUCGAUGCGUCCGAUGCACUUGGACAAGGACUGCGACAAAAUAUCCAUGAGUAUGUGCAGUCGAAUGACGCGCAAAAUCAGUCUUUUGGCGUCGAACACGGCUAUCAGUAUCACUCGGACAUCACGGCAAAGAGCGCGUUCAGUCAUCCGCCCUUCGACUCACGCUCAUAUACUCCAACCACCCAUCCGGGCUUCCGGGCUCCUCAUGUGUUCCUCACCGACAGUUCUGCGAUGUUUGACAAAUACGGAAAAAAUCUGACCCUGGUGGAGUUUGUCGAUGGAGUGCCAGGAUCGUCAUCUGGCGGGUCCACCUUCCGGGAUGCGGCUGGCGAACACCAGAUUCCCCUUCAUAUUAUGUCCCUUGUCGGGGAAUCCAAUGCCCAGCAGAUCUGGGGAGCACGACUGGUGUUGGUGCGCCCGGAUGGUUUCGUGUCGUGGCAUGGAAAUGAGAUUGGUAGCAAAGAGGAAGCUGAGAGGGUUUUGUUACAGGCCACAGGUCAUUUUUGUUGA